AUGUGCCUAACUAGCUUCUUUCUGUGUGCGCCAACACUCACAAACGCACCCAUUCCAAAAACUAGCUCAUGCAUCCAUAUUGAUGUAAUCGAUGUAAUCUUGAAUUUACCUAUCUGUCUAUCUAUCUAUCUAUCUAUUUAUUUUACACUAGCCAUCCCAGUUAAUCUAUCUCAGUUUAUCUAUCUAUCUAUCUAUCUAUCUAUCUAUCUAUCUAUCUAUCUUACGCUAACUAUCUCAUUAAUCUAUCUCAGUUUAUCUAUCUAUCUAUCUAUCUAUCUAUCUAUCUAUCUAUCUUACGCUAACUAUCUCAUUAAUCUAUCUCAGUUUAUCUAUCUAUCUAUCUAUCUAUCUAUCUAUCUAUCUAUCUAUCUAUCUUACGCUAACUAUCUCAAUAACUUUUCUCGGUUUUUCCAUAUUGUUAUCUUUCAUUUUGGAUUCAUUCUAUCAUUUUCUUUCUUUCUUUCUUUCUUUCUUUCUUUCUUUCUUUCUUUCUUUCUUUCUUUCACUCUGAUUCUGAUCAUUCUACCUCUUUCAUUCUUUAUCUCACGACACACACACACAUAUAUCUGUGUGUUCACGCGUGUGUAUAAAUCUCAUAGUAUUCUUUCCUUACUUCCUUACUUUCUGUCUAUCUAUGACUUGGCGGCCGUCUUCGUGCAGCCGGUGGGAGUCUGUCUAUCUAUCUAUCUAUCUAUCUAUCUAUCUAUCUAA